AUGAAUCUAGAUUACGCCCCUCUCGCUGCCCAGUGGAGGCAUAGACAGAGUCCCCCGGUCCCAGCCGCCCACUCUCACUCUGUGGGAGGACUCCGCGCGCUCAAACAACGGAAGCGCCAGCCGCCGAGCCUGAGCCGCGGCCCUACCGCGCCCUCUACCACCAUAUCCAUCCCGAGGCCCUCCACCACGUCACCCUCGCGCCCCUCCGCCGCGCCCAUCCCGAGGCCACAGGUCACUGCGACACGCCACACCUCACGCCCGACCACGACCCCCAGCUCCACCACUUCUCCCGCCCACUCCGUCCGCCUGGCCUCGCCACCGCCGCCGCCGCCGUCAGCAACUGCCAGUGAAGGGACGACCUCAAACACCAGGCGAGGGCAGAACCAGCGGCGCCGCCAACGACGGCGCGGCGACAGCAACAACAACAGUGCCACAUCGACGACCGACAGAGCCGCAGCAGGGACGACCACCGCCGCCAACGACGCUAGAUCGAGAAAUGCCAAUAGCAAUAACAGUAAUAAUAACAAUAACACUAGCACUGCCAACAACAACAACGUUCGUGACAGCCCCAGAAGGAACGCAUAUGCAGGGUCGUCCUCGGGAGCUGGUCUGGAGGCGGAGCGUCUGCGGGUUCAAGGAGGGACGUGGACCCACAGUCACUCGGGUCUGAUGUCAUCCCUCGCCGUCACGGUCACCACGUUCAACAUCUCGAGGUUCGCCGUGCUGGGAGCUCGCUUCGGAUGGCCGUUCGUGGUGCAGUGGGGCGUGGUCUCCCUGGUGCUGGGGCUUCCUCUCAUGACCUUCCACAUGACAGUCGGGCAGUACUUGGGCGCUGGCGUCGUCGACAUGUGGAGAAUCUCACCUAUAUUCCAGGGUGUCGGCUACAGCUUGGCUCUGGCACAGGCGCUUCUGGGAGUGUACUGCUGCGUGCCCAUAGCCUGGCUCUUCAUCUACUUCCGAGACUCCUUCAUCACACACAACAACAUGUUCCGGUGGGCCGACUAUCGCCUUGUAAACUCCUCUUCAAUGUAUGAGAAUUUAAGUGCAGUUAUCAUCGAGGGAGUUCCAAAAUAUUUCAAUACCCAAGUAUUACAAAGGAGUGAUGGCAAUGCACCCUGGCUGCAGGACCUGGGUUCUCUCAAGUUCGACAUGGCCUUCAAUAUCGCUCUUAUUUGGAUCAUUACUCUAAUUGCUCUGAGUAGAGGUAAUCAGUCAUAUGGGAAGGUGUGUUACAUUAUAUUCCUGUUGCCACUUUUAUGUUAUUUGGUGGUGUGUCUCUAUCUGGCAUCAUGGACCAAAGAUGACCUCUACAUGAAUGUCACAAACUUCAAUGAUCUUUUCACAAAUAGCCGUUCAUGGAUGGCAGCUAGUCGAGAAGUGUUCCUAGUCUGGGGCCUCCAUGGGGCUGUUCUGCAACAAAUGUCAGCUCAUAAUAAGCGUGGCCAUCCAUUAUACCGAGACACUACAAUAGUGUGUCUCAUAACCACACUCACCCUAGUACUGGCAGCUGUCACAGGCUUAUCAUGUGUGUCUGGACUUCAACAACACCACUUAUAUUAUAAACCCUCUUCUUUUGAAAGAACAGAAACAGCUCAGUUCCUUUCUGAUGCCCCCUACCGACAGCCGCUUAUGCACGAGCCUUUCCUUCACUUGCGGAAGACCAGUGGGCCCCCAACUAUGCACCAUGACAACUUCUAUGCAGGGAUAAGAAUACGAGCACACAGAAGUAUGAGUGUGACGAGAAAAGAAGACUACGAAACCAGCGGCUACCAGAGCCUACGUCUUGCGACUGAGUUAUUUCCUGCAUUGCUAGCAGUGAACGGUGCAGAGCAUAUCUCUCCAUUUUGGUCUUCUCUCUUCUUCCUCAGUCUGCUGCUCUUCGGAAUAGCACAGCAGCUGGCUAUGUGGCGGACUGUGGUUGAGGCCGUGAUACGCAUCAACCAAGAGCGUCUGCAAGCAUGGGAGACCUUCAUCACCUUCCUGUGUUGUGUCUUUGGGUUCUCAGCUGCACUUCCCAUGGCAACUGGGGCAGGGAUACAGAUAAUGUAUUUCCUUGAUUAUGUUGUGAGCUGUGGAUGGUGGCUGAUGAUAAUACAACUAGUCCAGAUAUUUGCUCUCUUAUUUGUUCGUGGAAAGCCUUACAGUGGGCAUGACAUAGUCAGUGAGCUGAUGGGAAAAAGUGAUCAGUGUCGUUCGCUGUGGCUAGGUCCUCUUACUUCCUUUGCCUGGAAUAUUAUAGUUCCAGUUGGUCUUCUUGUGCUGUCCAUCUCAUCAUUCAAGUCUGGACAGUUUAGAGAAGUAUUUGCCUGGGGCAGUAAUAGCUACUGGCCAGUAUGGGUCUGUCAGCUUGCAUCAGCUAUGCAACUUUUCCCAAUUCUUCUGGUGCCACUUGUAGGCCUUAUUCAGACUUGCCGAUACUUGGCUGCAACUGAUGACGAUUUGUUUGAGAGAAUUCAGUUGCUGUAUAGACCAUCUCUGAGACAACGGACAAGUGGCAAUAGCUUCAUGUCUGUCACUGAAGAAUCUGAAGUUGAUGGAAUAGAAGGCUCUAGAGAAGGCCAGGGAGACCAAGGAGCCAAUGUGACUCCACGACCCUACAGUGACCCUCCCCCUAAAUAUACCCCCCCACCAUCCUAUUCUACUGCUACUGGUGUCAGAUUUGCAAAACUUCUGAACCAAAGUUUACGCCAGAGCAUGCGCCGCCUCCGUGAUACAUUGCGAAGCAAUGCAGAAACAAAUGUAGCAACAGACACUGAGGCAACAGCUCAGUUGGAGGAAUGCCAGACAACUGAAACACAAGUUAGAACAUCAACACCUUAUAUACCACCACCUGACUAUGUAACGGCGGUUAGUGAGUGUGCUCCAGAUCGAAGCCAGAGUUCUACCUCCACAGAGCCUCCUCCUAGGUACUCUACGCUGGACCCUCUGAGACGGCAACAAGCCCUUGCAGCCUUGGGGAACAGUCUAGCUUCUGGUUCCCAUGACAAGGUAGAUGGGGACACUGACCAAGCCUUACCAACAACAUCAGAGUUGCAACGAGACAACAGCCUGCGCAGAUCAGGGCUACGUCGUAGCAUUGCAUCAGGUGUCCGCAGGAGUGCUAGGCGCUUGGCUGCAACACUAGGGGUUGGAGGUGGUGAGGAUGGUGCUACAUUAGUCAACAGUGAAGUGCCUCUUAGUCAAGAUAGUCAACAAGGUGGAGAAAAUGAGGAAUCGCAUCCUUAUGCUUUUACCAAUUUUGAACUUGUUUCUCAGUCAGAUGCAUAAAUUAGUUGUAAGGUUACUUAAAUGUUCCCAAAAUGAAAAUAGGCAUUAAUAUUUAUAAUGAAAAAUCUGAAUGUUAUCUGUUGUUUUGAUAGUUUUAGAUUUUAUUGUAGGCUAAGUUGCCCAAGUUUAUUACUAGAAAUUACAAGAAACUAUACAGUGCAAUAGAAAAAUGUGCUUCUUUUUGAUAUUAUUGGAGAGUUUCAUAUAAAUCACCCAAAGGUGAUCUGUUUUAGUACAUUGCAGUCAUAAUGUACCAAAAACUGCUACAGCCUUGGGAUGAACAAUAUCUAAAAAGAUAGAAGUUUUCCACAUUCUAGAGACAAAAAAAAAAUUGCUUUUACAUGUGGUGCUCUUCAUCUUGAAUUGAUAUUUUGCCUAAAUUAAUAUAUAAACAAAACAUCUGUGAUAUUUAAGAACUUUUUCUCAGACAUGCUGUAUCACCGAAGAUAUAGCUGUCAGUGAUAAAUACGUGGACCAUACACUGGAUUGGCCUAUACGCUUAAUUCCUUAAAGUACUUUGAUGAACUAGGAGCAGCUCUUAUUCUUUCCAGGUGCAUUAAGAGUCAGUACUUUGUCUUUGAGGUUUACAAAAUUCUAAAGUAUCAGUAAAAAAAUAAAUAAAAAAUUAAAUACAUGUAUCAUGGGUCUUUCACAAAACAGACUCUGCAUGUAGUUAUUUUCUGACCAUUGCUUUUAUUGAUUUUUUUUUUUUUCACUGCAAAAGCCUCAUUUGCUAAGUAUUGACAAGUUUAGUUAAUCCAAGGAAAAAUUGCUAAUGAGAAGUAAGGGGAGUGCAAAUGCUACUACUGCAGUAUGUCCUGGCUUCAUAAAUUUGUGCCAAACUCCAAAUAGUGAAGCAGAAAUUUGAGUACUCCAUAAAGGAAAGGUUUACUUGGCUAAGAAAAUCUUGUUUAUAGAUGGCCUCUUUAAAAGUAUCACCUAGUAAUAUUUUGCUGCUGUUGUGAUGGGAAAAUAAUAAAUUGGCAAAUUUUUUGUUUUAAAUAUGAACUACAGCUUUGAAUGGUGUGCUCUGAAUAAGGGCAAUUUCUGACGUUUGGACAAUGCCUACUAAGAAAAUUGUACAGCUUGAAUUUUCCAAUGUUUUCAAUGUAAACAGGUCACACAUUUCUCACAUAGAAUGACCAUAUUGUUGUUUGUUGUACUGGAUUGUUAAAUAAGUAUGAAAUUUAGUGCUGAUAUUAUAUCUGCGGUGAUAAAAAACUGAUUUUGCCAGAUUAUACGACAUACCUUUGGCAUCAAUUGGUUACAGCUUAGUACAGGGUGUGUAAUGUCAUGAUAUCCACUCAUCAUGGUUAAUCAUAUCUCAGUGAUGGAAGUUAGUACUAUGUUUAUUUUGUCUUUUCAUAAAAUUUCCUAUGCAGAUUAACUAAAAUCCAUUAUAUAUCACCAAAGAUAGAAGAGAAAGUCAGUACAGUUCCUUACCUUUCAAUGUGAGGCAUGUAAGCAUUUAUAUAAAAAGCUUCCAGUUUACCAGUCUUCCAGGAUGACUGACACAAUAUAUCAGUGCAAAAGUGGAAGAUCUGUUUUUCUCUAUCACACACAGAAGUUUAUACCUUGUAUGUUUCAAUGUUUUAAUCUAUUUUUUUUCUUUUUUGACUAUGUAAAUAUGUGUAUAAAAAAACAAAAAAGAAAAAAAUUGUAUAUUGUGAUCAUAAGCUUCAUAAGCUUUUUCUGAUACUCUCUCAUUCAAGGAGCUGCCAGCCAUGCGAGUGGUAGGUAGUGUUAUGGAUAUAGCUUUGUGGCUCAACCAUAUAUAUAUCCACCACUGUCACAAUACCUUUCUCCUCAUAGGUUAAUUCCAAUCUAUGGCAUCUUGUACUUCAGAUCUACAAAAAAAUAAAGAAAUAGUUAAACAAAUAAAAAUUCCCCGGGAAUUGUAGCAGGGGGAACACCAAAGUUGUAAGAUUGUGCUUUCGUGUUAGGGCAUCUCUUCUAGGACCUCGUAUGUCGGUGUUCUGCUCCGUCCAAUAAUCACAUGUACUUAUUUAUUAAUAAAAGUAUGGUGAAGAAA